AUGGCCGUGAACCAGAGCCACACGGAGAACCGCCGAGCGGCCUUAAUCCCUCAGGGUGAAAGUGUUUUGAAUCAGUGUCAUGAUGUGAACCUCUCCUUCCUACAGCAACCAAGGGGAUCCAAUCUCUUUAGUGGUACAAAGAAUGGAACGCUGUUUCUCACUUCAUACCGGGUGAUCUUUGUGACUUCACGCUCAGUCAAUGAUCCCAUGUGUUCUUUUAUGAUGCCAUUUGAUUUGAUGAGUAACUGCACUGUUGAACAACCAGUGUUUGCCCCCAACUACAUUAAAGGAACUGUUGAGGCAGCUCCAGAUGGUGGCUGGGAAGGACAGGCUACUUUUAAAUUAGCCUUCAGAAAAGGAGGUGCCAUCCAGUUUUUCCAGUUGAUGAUGAGAGCUUCCUCUGCUGCUGCCCAAGGAGUUCCACUUCAAAGUGUAAAUUACUGGUUUGGUGUUCCAGGACUGUAUGUCAUUUCUGGGCAGGGGACUGUGAUGCGCAACCAAGAGAGGCCUUGUCAAGCUUACCCAGUUGUUGUCCAUGGGCCCCAACCUGUGAGACAUGGAGCCCCACCAGGGACAUAUGGAACCCCUCCCCCAGGAUAUGGAGCCCCUCCCCCAGGAUACGGAGUUCCACCAGUGGGAUAUGGAGUCCCACUGGUGGGAUAUGGAGUCCCACCAGUGGGAUAUGGAGUCCCACCAGUGGGAUACGAAGCCCUGCCAGAGGGACAUGGAGCCCCACCAGAGGGAUCUGAAGCCCCACCCAUGGGAUGCAGAGCCCCACCAGCUGGAAACGAAGCUCUGCCUGUGGGAUAUGGACCCCCACCAAAUGAAGCCCUACCUCCGGGAUAUGACGUUUCACCUGCUAGAAAUAGAGCUGGGUUUCACAAUUCUGUGGCAGCCCAGCCGGCUAGAUAUGAGACUUCUCUUCCUUCUACCUCAUCUUCUCAGGCCCAUUCACCACCUUCUAAGCAGUAA